AUGUCACCCGAACCACCUUCUGGAUUCAUAUUCAAGCCAUACCCCGCACCCAUCCUCAAGGAAUCCUCACCACUAAAUCCUAAUCCCAAUUCCACAUCAAACUCUGGCACAUCAGUAGAAGCCUUUUUCAAAACUACUUUCGAUUCCCUCAGACCCCCAAUCAUCUCGCUCGAUACCUUUCCCCCAACAAUGAUCCAAGCUUUUCCUGUACCUAACAUUAGUAUCAUACCACCUUCUCCACCUGCUGUUCCCCCUGACCCUUCUUCGGCAUUACCUUCCAAUGUUCCUAGUCCAUUCAUGAGACGAUGGUUAUAUACCCAACAAUCAGAUUACGAUUAUGAUGAUGAAAUACCCCCUCCUCCACCCGCAUCACAGGAUCAGUCAGGUGGAGAGAACGAUUCGUUGGUCAGACAUUUACAGAGGGUUCGACCGGUCGAUCAUCCAGAAAACCUACUAUCGGACGAUUUUGCCACUGAAAGAACUCACGGAGUUUCUGGAUCGAGACGGGGUGAGAAUAUGGACCGGACGAGUUCGCUCGAUGUGUACGAGAGGAUUGGUUUACCGUCUCAAAGGUCUAUUUCAGCACAACCUAGGAUGGGAACUCAUUUCCUCAAAACUGGAUCUGUUCCUAGAGAACAUCAUGACAUCAGCUCGAAUUCAAGAGAUCAAUCUCAAGCGGCAUCCCCAAGUACUGCACGGUCAACCCCUUCGAUCACUACAGGUUCUUCUACUCCCGAAUGGCGACCAACCAGGCAAGAGGAGGUUAUCGAGGGUAUACUAGCCGAGAGAGAGUACUUGAAAUCAGUACUUGACCAGUCCCUUUCUGAGAAUCAGAAAUUGAAGCGAAGAUGGGAUAAGCUCAACGAGUACGCCGACUAUAUGACAUGUUCAAUCGAUUAUCACGAACUGUCCCUAUCUCUUCUCUCCUUAUGCGCAUGUCAUCCCGACCCUUCACCAAUGGGAAUUUUCGGCCCAUUUGACGGUCCAGCAGAAUUCAAACAGGCCAUAUUCGACCUCGCCUCAUCAGUCGGUUCGCCAUACCCCAAAAUGGAUUCUUUAGGAAGCGAUAUAGUAUUCAAAGAGAUUUUCUCACGGGCAUUACAACUUUUAUUGUUCGAUUACAAUCAACAACCUCACGAACCUUCAAGUGAGGAUGAUCUACAAUGGUAUACUCCCCCCGACGUACUUUGGCUAUUCCUCCAUACAGCUCAUGAUAUGCUGUUAAGUCAUUUAAGGGAGAUUAUAAGAGCGAUGAAGUAUUCAUGCAAGAAUAGUAUCAGUGUUAGAUCGAUAGUUCUGGAACUGAUGCUGGAUAGGAUUGGCGAGGAUGAAUUGGAAAAGAGGAAGAGAGAAGAAGGUAUAUGGAGCAUGUGGAGUGUGAGACAGAGAGUGAAUUUUGAAGAUAAUGGUAGGAAGUUGAUGAAUCAUGAGUCGACUUGUAUAGACAGGAAAGGAAAGGGAAAAGGAAGAGACGAGAAUGAGGGUGGUGAGGAUAUGUGGGAUGAUGUGACUAGAGUAUCAUGGGAGGAGAUUCAUAGAACCAUUAUGGUAUUGAAGAACGAGGGAGAAGGGGACGAAGAUGAUGAAGUGUUUUGA